AUGAAUCUCAAGAUGGCAUCUAAAACUUAUUUAAGACAAGAACAACCACCAAAUUAUACAGUAUAUGACUCCUGCAUGCAUGAUAAUUCUGGAAGGAUUUGUGGUAUAUAUACGCCUUUACUUAGUGGGCGAUCUGCCUCUCAAAUGAAUAAUAUUCCGGAAGAUUUUAAAUAUGGAACAAGCGUUUAUAUGUGUGAUAUUUCUAUUAGAAUGGAUUUCCUUAGAAAAGUUUAUUCUAUUUUAUUUUUACAAAUUAUUGGAUCUGCAAUUGUUUCCUCAAUUUUAGUGUUAAAUACAACAUUAAGAAUGUUUAUUAUGAAAAAUCCGUGGAUUAUCUUAGUUUCUCUUUUUGGGAACAUUGCUACAUUAUUUUUUUUGUCUUGGAAACGACAUAAUUAUCCUUUGAAUUUUUAUCUUCUUAUACUUUUUACUUUGUUUGAAUCUUGCUCGAUUGGAACAACAGUAUCUUUUUACAAUAGUACAGUUGUUUUGGAGGCUCUUUUAAUUACUACUGGAUUAUUUUUAGGAUUAACAAUAUUUACAUGGCAAAAUAAGUAUGAUUUUUCUAGUAUAGGAGGAUAUUUAUACACUGGAAUUAUACUUUUAUUUUCAGGGGGACUCGUUUUCCUUUUUUUUCCUUAUAAUAGAAUGUUUGAUUUGGCAUAUGCUGCACUUGGAACUCUUGUUUUUUCAGGAUAUAUAUUAUAUGAUACAUCUAUGUUAAUGAAGCAUUUAUCUCCAGAAGAAUAUAUUAUUGGCUCUGUUUCUCUUUAUAUAGAUAUUGUAAACCUUUUUUUUCAAAUUUUAAAUAUAAUUUCAAAAUUAAGUAUGGAUGAUGAUUGA